AUGGUGCAAAGUGACAAUGGUUCCUGGUCAUCUGAUGACACUGUGAGAGUAUUAAUUGCUUCAGAUAUUCAUCUAGGUUAUCUUGAAAAUGAUGCUGUACGAGGAGAAGACAGCUUUAUCGCUUUCGAGGAGGUCCUAUCUCUGGCAGUACAAUACGAUGUAGACUUGGUCUUGCUAGGUGGAGAUCUUUUUGACCACGCUAAGCCUUCGCCGAGUUGUAUGUACAAAUGCACGCAGAUAAUUCGCAAGUAUUGCUUCGGUGACAAACCAAUAAACGUCGAAGUACUGUCCGAUCAAUUAGAAAAUUUCUCUCGAACUGUCAAUUACGAGGAUCCUAAUUUGAAUGUUUCCUAUCCUAUACUUUCAAUUCACGGAAACCAUGACGAUCCAGUAGGACAUGGUAGUGUGAGUUCUCUGGACAUUUUGUCUAUAUCAGGUUUAGUCAACUACUUCGGUAAGUGGACUGAUUAUACUCAAGUUCGCGUUUCACCAGUACUUUUGCAGAAGGGUGAAACAAAAUUAUCUUUAUACGGAUUGAGUCAUCUGAAAGAUCAGCGACUUGCAAGACUUUUUGCUGAGAAAAAAGUCACCUUCGAGCUGGUUGAGGAUGGCAACGAUUGGUUUAAUAUAUUAGUCCUUCAUCAAAAUAGAGCAGAUCGAGGACCAAAUAAUUAUAUAUCAGAAAAUGUGUUGCCUACCUUUUUAGAUCUUGUCAUUUGGGGUCACGAGCAUGACAGCCAGGUGUUUGCCACUAAGGAUGUGAAAAGAGAAAAUGAAAGUUUCUUUGUUAUCCAACCAGGGAGUACAGUGGCUACGUCGUUGGCAGCAGGAGAGGCUCUGCCCAAGCAUUGUGUGUUAUUGCAGUUGCACAAGAAAGAAUAUAUAGUCACACCAUUACCGCUGAAGACUGUGCGUCCUUUUGUAUUUAAGACAGUUGUCUUGUCUGAAGAGAAUCUUGGAGAUGAAGGUGUGAAUGAAAACGAGAAAGUACAGAAUUUCUUAAAGGAAAAGGUUCACGAAGCUAUCAAAGAAGCUGAAAACAUUCAAAGUGGUGAUCCAAAACAACCCACCUUGCCACUCGUCCGACUUAGUGUGUUUUAUGAGCAUGAUGGACAAGAUUUUAACCGUGUAAGAUUUGGUCAAAAUUUUAAUGGUCUCAUUGCAAAUCCAAAUGAUGUGCUUAUCAUGAAGAGGGAGAAAAAAAUUCGUGAUAGAAAAGAACGAGCUAUAGGUGACGAGGAUGUCGAUAUCGGUAACGCUGCAGCCGAGGCGACCGACGUGGAGUCCUUGCUGCGCGCCUACUACGAGGCGCAGCCGCCGGACCGUCGCCUGAACGUGCUAUCCGUACGGGCGGUUACAGAAGCCGUUCGCGAUUUCACGUUAAAACGGGAUGAAGACAUUUUUCGUCGUGUACUAGACGCUCAUCGGAAGCACUGCGUCGAUUUUCUGCUCGAAUCUAACGCUGAAACCGCGGAGGAAGUCAUCGAUAGGAUGAAGUUGUGUAAGGAGUCGCUGGAUGUGGCUGACGCCGAACAACUUAAAACUCUCAUUACGGCAGCCGGUAAAAAGGCUGAGUCAGAAAGUAAAAAAGGUGCAUCGGCAAAGGGCGAUUCGAUCGUAGUGUCGAGCGAUGAGGAGGCGCCGCCAACGACGAGGGCUCGCGGGCGGGGCGCGAGGGGCGGGCGGGGGCGAGGGCGGUCACGAGGCGCGCGCGCCUCGCCGCCGCCACCCUCCCCGCCCGUGGAGCGGCGCACGCCGCGCCGGGCGGCGGCGGAGAGGUCCGCCUCUAAAUUACAAACCUUUAUUGCCAAUAGGUCGUUGCGCAGUCGACGAGAAUCGUCCGAUAUUGAAAUUUCAGACUGAUAUGCACGUCAAUAUAAAUCAGAGAUUUUUACUCCUAAAUAUUUCAAGUGUGGAUGGUGAAUUGCGAAUUUAGUAGUAAGAAAAAAAAAAAACACUCAAGGAAGUCUUGAAUUAUGACGAAAGCUGGAAUGAUUUCAUCACAUUUUUAUAAAAUUGUACUUUUAAUUGGGACUAAAAAACAUUUCUAUCAUUGAAAUGAGUGUCGCUAAAUUGAGAGCCUCUAUUGAUAAGAUGAUAACAGAAGCCAAUAUAAUGUGCUGACACACUAUACAGAAAAUGGGACCAGGAUGACUUAUGACAUUUUUGAAGUAGUUUUUAAAAAUGUAUACAAUUUAAUUUUGAAAAUUCAGCCUCAGGAUUCUUUUUAUUAUUUUUUGCUAUUCCAUAAAUAAUUGAUGUCAAUAUUUAAGAUAUGAUAUGUUAUUCUUUUAAUUUGUUUUUGUUAUAAGAAUAUAUGUAUUUUAUACUCA